UUAUUUAGUUCACAACCCACUUAUAUGCGAUUGUCAGAUAGCUGCUUGGUUACCAGCUUUUCUAACUGAAAAAGAAGCUGGUGGUACACAGUGGGCUAGAUGUGCAGAACCAUUAAAUGUUCAAGGUAGUCAUGUACGCGAAUUACUACCGCAUAUAUUACAAUGUCCAAGUAUCAUUACCUAUAAAAAUGAGAAUGAAACUUGUGAAUUUGUAAACCACCAAUGUCCUGAAGGAUGUAAAUGUAUGGAUAUCACAGUCAAGCCUAGAAUGCACGCAAAUUCAGAGUCUGUAUUCAGACCAGAUGAAUUUGGUCUUAUUUCAGGUGGUUUUAGCGUCGAUUGUUCAAGUUUGGAAUUAAUGGAUAUACCUGACAAUCUACCAUUGAACACAAAGGAACUAAAUUUGAGAAAUAACCUGAUUAAAUCGAUCACAAUUGACUCAGGUUUAUUCAAGCUGAAAAACCUUCAAACGCUGUAAGUCAUUCUCAAAACUACAGAACAUGUAUGUAUACGUACGUAAUCUCAGUUGGUCUGUCAUUUAUUUCGCAUUCUACGCGUAUCUAUGCAUCAUAUUUCGCAAUAUAAAUGGUGUCUUCACCAUGAACUUCGGCAAUACUGAACAAAGUCUUAGAGUAUGUGUGAUAUGGUGUUCAAUAGCAUCACAUUAGUAAUAGAUUACGAUAUGACGAUGGCAAUUAGAAUUGACUUCAUUGUACAUUCAUUUUAAUGACUGUGGAGAUUAAAAAACGAAUUUCAGGAAACAUUUAUAUACGUUGUUCACCUCCUUUUAGAGUACAUAUUUAAUUUCAUGGGGGAAAGAGAACUGAUUAUUUUAUCUGUUGGAUAACAUGCUACUUUUUUUCUACCAAUCUGACAUUUCAGCAAGUGGGAUUGCAGUUAGUAUAGGGGGUAUUUUUUUGCAUACCACUAUUAUUUAUAUCGAAAAUACCACAGAUUCUUUUAAGAGAAGUAUUCGCUCAAAAUAUGCUGUUAGUUUACCGUGAAAUCCCACAGGUUAACCAGCUGAGUUUCAUUCCACAUCGCUGUUUAUCAUAACUGUUCUUAUAUCGUGUAACUUUUAAAUCUUCAAAUAGUUGCUUUUAUCUACACAAGGACUCUUCUUAACGUUUACAAUUAUCAGGAUCGUUUGUACACACAACUUAUUCUAAUGCUACAGAAUAGGGUGAAGCUGGACUCUAUUUUGGUUGAUU